AUGGCUCUCGAAACAACCGUUUUAGUCAAAUCAUCCACACUUCCAGAUGGGCGCGUUAUCAAAGUGGGUGGUGAACGGUUCGAAGCCCCUGAAGCGCUUUUCCAGCCUCACUUGAUCAACGUUGAAGUGCCAGGAAUCGCCGAGCUAGUCUUCUCGACUAUCCAAGCGGCCGACAUCAAUGUCCGCCCGUCGCUAUACAAACACUUCGUCAUUUCAGGAGGUUCAACCAUGUAUCUGGGAAUUCCGUCUUGGCUCGAACGGGAAAUUAAACAGCUCUACCUUGAACGAGUUCUUAAAGGCGCCAUGGAAAAACUUACGGGAAUGGACAGUGUCGUUCGCCAAACUGGCCAACACGUGGAAUUCGAAGCGGCAUGA